CCUGUUUACACAGAACAGCAAACAGGUCUAGCAGUGGAACAACACAUUUGGGAAGGCAGAGAAAUGGAUAUCCAGGGCCAAAGAGGAGUUAUAAUGAGGUUGUUCCUUUUACUGACGGCUCUGUUGCACGGAAGUUACAGCAUUAGUCUGAAAGGAUUAUUUGGAGAGAUUGUAUCCCCUGGUUUUCCAAACAUCUAUCCAAACAAUGUAAAGGAGAGCUGGAAUAUCACAGUUCCUCUGGGGCAUGUUGUUAAACUGUAUUUCACCCACUUCAGUGUGGAACCAUCUUAUCUAUGUGAAUAUGACUACAUAAAGAUCUUCUCUGAAGGAGCAGAGCCCGCUACGUAUUGUGGUGAAACAAGUACAGAUACAGAGGAGGUCCCUGGAGAUAAAGUAACUUAUUCAACUGGCAACACCAUGUCCGUGGUGUUUAAAUCUGACUACUCCAAUGAAAAGCGAUUUACUGGAUUCAGAGCUUUUUAUGUUGCGGAAGAUAUCGAUGAGUGUAAAAUGCUUAAUGACGGUGAGCCAUUUUGUGAUCAUUACUGUCAUAACUACAUCGGAGGUUUCUACUGUACCUGCAGAACUGGCUACAUCCUUCAUGAAAACAAAAAAACAUGCACAGUUCACUGCAGUGGACAGGUACUUACAGAACGAUCAGGAGAGAUUACAAGUCCAGACUAUCCUGCAGUUUAUCCCAAAUUAUGUAACUGUGAUUACCGUAUCCUGGUUGAAGAAGGUUUUAGCAUUAUACUGGAAUUUGUAGAAUCAUUUGAUGUGGAGAAUCACCCACAGUCACAAUGUCCUUAUGAUGUUUUGAAGAUUAAGACAAACAAAGGAGAACAUGGACCAUUCUGUGGAACAAAAUUACCUCCACGAAUUGAAACAGGAAGUUUCAAGGUGGAUAUAACAUUCACUUCAGACAUAUCGGGGUCGAACAAAGGAUGGAAAAUAAAAUAUUCGGUAACUGCCAUGCCUUGUCCCAAGCCUGUAGCUCCACCUCAUGGUCAAAUUUCUCCAGCACAACAAAAAUACAUCUUUAAAGACAGAUUCAGCAUUUCCUGUGAUACUGGGUAUGAAAUGAUGCAGGGUAGCAGCACCUUGACAUCAUUCACAACAGAAUGCAGAAAAGAUGGAACUUGGGAUAAACAGCCACCUCUAUGUGAAAUUGUCGACUGUACAGAUCCAGAUAAUGCGGACAAUGCUACAGUUGAAUACAUCACAGAAGUGGGUGUCACAACCUAUAAGUCUGCUAUCCGAUAUAAAUGUGAAGAGCCAUUUUAUGCCAUGAAAGAAGGAAGCAAUGCUGAAUACCAUUGUGCAGCCAGUGGUCACUGGGUAGAUUCUAAAGGAAACAGAGAGCUUCCUGAAUGUGAACCAAUCUGUGGAGAACCUACUGGCAGACUAACACGCGUUAUUGGAGGACAGAAAGCUGAACUUGGUGAAUUUCCAUGGCAAGUCCUGGUAACCGUUGAUGGGCAUAUAGGUGGUGGUUCACUUUUAUUCGACAAAUGGAUACUGACUGCUGCCCAUGUACUGUCUGGUCAUAAAGAUGUCUCAGCUAUUGAACUUAAAAUGGGUUUGAUCAAGAGACAAUCCAGUGAAUAUGUACAGGUUUUGCCAGAAAAGGUUUUCAUUCACUCCAAAUACAAACCGGACAGUCAAAAAAGUAGGUAUGACAAUGAUAUAGCACUAAUCAAACUGAAACACAAGGUGCCUAUAAGUGCUAAUGUCAAGCCUAUCUGUUUACCAGGCAAUGAUGUAAGAUACAAUGUAGAAUCUAAAACUCUGGGUACUGUUUCUGGGUUUGGUAAAACAAAACAAACCAGCUUAGCUGCAGAAUAUUUACAGUUUGUUGAAGUAGAAGUCAUUGACCAUAAGCAGUGUAAAGAUGUAUAUGAUAAGUUGUUUCCAGGAUUAGAACAGGUAACUGAGAACAUGCUAUGUGCAGGGACAGAGGAAGGUGGGAAGGAUGCCUGCACAGGAGAUAGUGGUGGCCCAUAUGUUUUCUAUGAUGAGAAAACCCAUAAAUGGUUUAUUGGGGGCAUUGUCUCUUGGGGAGAAAAAUGUGGUGUCAAAGAUAAGUAUGGGGUAUAUACAAAAGUCUACAAUUAUAUUUCUUGGAUUGAAAACACAAUUUCAACCAACUUUUAAAAGUGUGACUCCUAAGUAGUUCUAAAUACGUGCAUUAAAGGUGAACUGCAGUGACAAUUAUACCUGGUAAAUGUAAAGAAUCACAGCAUAUAAAGCUUUGCACCUUUAUUUCAAGACAGGCAGUUUUUACAUCGCUUUUCAUAUAGGUACUAGAUUAGUUGACAGAAAAACUACUCAUCAAAUGUAUUUUACAGUUUGUCUGUUUUCAUGUGACUAAAAAAUGAGAAUUAAAAUACCAAAGCUCAAUAAA